AUGGAUGCUACUCGCGAGUCCGAUGUCUUUAAAAAGAUGACCGUAGUUCAAAUUAAAAAUUUUCUACUUGCAAGAGGAGUCAGUGUAACUGGGUAUGAUAAAAUUACGCUGAUCAAGAUAGGUGCUGCGGUUGAAAGAAUGUGUAUUCCUCUACUUCCAACCUUAACAAACGAUCGAAAGAAUGGUGCUGCAAACGAUGAACGUUUGAGUAUUAAUGAUAUGGAAAUCGAAAACCCCUUUAAAAUGUCUGUGAUGAAUAACUUCAUCGACUCUCCAUCUUUCGGUUUGUACAACAUAUUCAACUAUUUGAUUUUCCAUUCGACUGCGUACGAUAAGCAAGGUCUAGCUGCGUACAAAUCCUUCGACGACUACAGUCUAUUUGAAGAUGGCCAUGUAGAAUCGUUAAUGACUAAAACAUUGAACAAUGAAAGGCUUCAUGUCUAUGUAGCUAAGGUGCGACCAGCUAUGAAGGUGAAAACUGAUGAUGGAAAACCUUGCUACGAUCUUUGGUUUAUCUUGGAAGGUCAUGGUCCCAACCGAGGUAGCGUUUUGAAGGCGAAGUGUAUGUGCAAAGGAGGCCGUGAUGGGGGAUGUAAACACAUCGGGGCGGUCAUGUAUUCGCUGGAAGAGGUGCUGAACACACGAAGUAAAGAUAGCGUGACAAGUGGCAGUUGUGUGUGGGUCAAGAAAGCUAGCGCUAGUACGAAAGCAUGCGAAGUAUCUGACCUAGUGAUUGAAAAACCAAAAUUACCUUCGUACAAACUGAGGAAGAGGGACCACGCAUAUUCUCAAAACAUUGACGUGGAUGUAAGAGCUCAUAAGGACCAAAAGCCCAUAAAGAAAAGAAAGCUGAGAAGACUUACCGGAUUGAUGAAACUAAUGAAACAACGUCCUACCAUUCUGCCAGUACUCCAGAAACGAUACUGCGCACCAAAAAAAUCUCCAACACUAUUGACCAUUGAAAAUGGUGACAAGAGUACAAGUGGUACCAGUUCAAGUGAUGGGAUCAUAAAACACAAGGAGAUUGAUGAUAUCAACCAGGCUACUAAGAGAAAAUUUCUUGGUGCCAGUCUCGACAACAUAAAGACAUGCCAGUGUGCCAGUAAUUGUCCAGAUGUUGUUGUCGAAUAUAAAUGUCCAUGGAAGCACAAAGAUAUGCAUCCCAAAAAAACGUUUUUGACACCAGAAAUUGGUGGUAUUGAAAAAGAUAAGACCUUCUGUCUUACCAAAAGCAGUGCAUACUAUCACCAGAUUCAGGCACAAAUGUUUGUUUCUGAGCUUUUUCAUUGUGACUUUGUUGUUUGGACAAGUCAAGGAAUUUUUGUUCUGCCAGUAUCAUAUGAUGCUGCAUUUAUGGAUCAUGUUUGCAAUCAGUUGGAACUAUUUUGGAAAGCAGAAGUUCUCCCUUGUAUGAUGGCAGACUCAAACUUGAAUGUUGCUAACACAGUAACUGGGGACAAUCUAGAUACAAACAAAGAAACUGCACCUAGAGUUACAAACAACAAUGAGCAUUCAGUUUCCCCUAUGGUAACCUAA